AGACGCAACUACUCCAACACGUCUAGUUCCACUCGACUGUUUUCAAGAAUGUUCCGCACUUUGGUCGCUCUUCUUGCUGCGCUCCCGCUUCUCGGUUUGGCCGCCCCUGUCGCUGAAGAACGCGCCGCAAACGCGUGUACCGACGUGAUCGUCAUUUUUGCCAGAGGAACAACGGAGCCAGGGACCAUUGGUACCAUCGUUGGCCCACCUCUCCAAAGCGCGUUGCAGAGCGCCCUCGGCAGCAAGUCGCUUACUUUCACCGGCGUACCGUAUGCGGCAGAUAUUCCUGGAUUCCUUGUCGGUGGUGACCCUACUGGUUCUGCGACCAUGGCACAGUUGUUGACCAGCGCUGCUAGCUCUUGCCCCAAUGCAAAACUGGUCACUUCUGGAUAUAGUCAAGGCGGCCAGCUGGUGCACAACUCGGCCAAGUUGAUCUCCUCUAGCGUUGCGGCGCGCAUCAGCGCGGCUGUUAUUUUCGGCGACCCCGAUAACGGUCAAGCCGUCCAAGGCAUCCCGUCCUCGAAGGUCGAUGUGAUUUGCCAUGUUGGAGACAAUAUUUGCCAAGGUGGAGCUAUUAUUCUUCCCGCCCAUCUGACCUACGGAGCCGACACCCCGGCUGCGGCUUCUUUCAUUGCCGCCAGAGUUUAA